AUGAAAGAUUACUUGAAGACCAUGAUGAGCCUUCUAGCGCUGUAUACUUCUAUUGCUGCAGCUACCACAGAUAUACUACCUCGGGGUAAGCAAGGCAACUAUGGAGCCAAUGCUUUAUUUCAAAGGCAGGUCACUGUGCCAACCGGAAUAGUGCCCAUGUGCGCGGAACAGUAUAUAGGAACUAUCGACUAUGGGACAUCAGUAUGCUUGGAAGUUUCUGGUCCCAGUAUGAUUGUGAAUUACGGAGAGACUGCUGGAGGGUUCUUCUAUUAUUACGCUGGUGUUUGGAUUGGAGUUGAUCCGCCUCCUCAAAGUCCUGACGGAUUUCCUUAUAGCACUAAUGAAGGACAGUGCAUGUUGACAAAUGGCAACCUAGGGGUAACAUGUACUAUUCCUAUCAAUAGUUUUACCGACCCUACUACGGCCUGUGGAGAAACUUUCUACAUCAUCACCCAGAGUCUCAACUACGAUCCAAACAGAGACGCUAAUUUAUUUGCGACGGCUGGAGAGGAGUUCUACGAUGGGCCACAAUUCCGGUAUUUCUCCUUCACAUUAACAUGUCCACAGCCGACUACUACAACAACCACGGUCGGGCCUACAACUACUGAGGAACCGACUACUACUGAAGAACCUACCACCACUGAGGAGCCGACCACUACCGAAGAACCUACUACUACUGAGGAGACGACUACUAUCACUGAAGAACCUACUACCACCACCGGAGAACCUACCACUACUGAAGAAUCUACUACUACUGAGGAGCCAACUACUACCACCGAAGAACCAACUACUAGUACUGAGGAGCUGACCACUACCACCGAAGAACCGACUACUACCACUGAAGAGUCUAUCACUACCGAAGAGCCUACCACUACCGAAGAACCUACUACCACUGAAGAACCGACCACUACCGCCGAAGAACCUACUACUACUGAGGAACCGACCACUACCACUGAAGAGCCUACCACUACCGAAGAACCUACUACCACUGAAGAACCGACCACUACCACCGAAGAACCUACUACUACUGAGGAACCGACCACUACCACCGAAGAACCUACUACUACUGAGGAACCGACUACUACCACUGAAGAGUCUACCACUACCGGAGAACCUACUACCACUGAGGAACCGACCACUACCACUGAAGAACCUACUACUACUGAGGAGCCGACCACUACCACCGAAGAACCGACUACUACCACUGAAGAGUCUAUCACUACCGAAGAGCCUACCACUACCGAAGAACCUACUACCACUGAAGAACCGACCACUACCGCCGAAGAACCUACUACUACUGAGGAGCCGACUACUACCACUGAAGAGCCUACCACUACCGAAGAACCUACUACCACUGAGGAACCGACCACUACCACUGAAGAACCUACCACUACUGAGGAACCGACCACUACCACCGAAGAACCUACUACUACUGAGGAACCGACCACUACCACCGAAGAACCUACUACUACCGAGGAGCCAACUACUAGUACUGAGGAGCCAACUACUACCGAGGAGCCAACUACUAGUACUGAGGAGCCGACUACUACCACUGAAGAACCUACUACUACUGAGGAACCGACCACUACCACCGAAGAACCUACUACUACUGAGGAACCGACCACUACCACCGAAGAACCUACUACUACCGAGGAGCCAACUACUAGUACUGAGGAGCCAACUACUACCGAGGAGCCAACUACUAGUACUGAGGAGCCGACUACUACCACUGAAGAACCUACUACUACUGAGGAACCGACCACUACCACCGAAGAACCUACUACUACUGAGGAACCGACCACUACUACCGAAGAACCUACUACUACUGAGGAACCGACCACUACCACUGAAGAGCCUACCACUACCGGAGAACCUACCACUACUGAGGAGCCAACUACUAGUACUGAGGAGCCAACUACUACCGAGGAGCCAACUACUAGUACUGAGGAGCCGACUACUACCACUGAAGAGCCUACCACUACCGAAGAACCUACUACUACUGAGGAACCGACCACUACCACCGAAGAACCUACUACUACCGAGGAGCCAACUACUACCGAAGAACCUACCACUACCGAAGAACCUACCACUACUGAGGAGCCGACGACUACUCGGCCUACUGAAACCACCACAUGCACUACCCCUACUCGCACUAAAUCGUAUGGCUCUUGCACUACAAUUACUGUUUGCCCUGCUACUUCCACUCAUACCAAACCAUAUGGCCCCUGCAGCAUUUCUACUGUGUGCCAUACAAAUUGGGAAUGGAAACCUGAAUCUUGGGAAACUAAAGGUCAGCAGGACAAAUAA